UAGUGGUGAUUCUCUACCUAUAUCAUGUAUACAGGAUGGAUUACCUACAGCCAUCUACAAAUAAGGACAAAAUUCAUGGAACGUACAGUUUCGUUAACGAUAAAAUGAAAAAGAUAUCAAGGUCGUCUAAAAAUGCAGAAAACGUAGAGGGAAACGGAGAUAAUCGCGUAAUAACUGCAGCAAUGAGAGUUUCUAAAGGAGGACAGAGGACACUGCUUGUGACCUUGGUAAAUGAUGCCUUCCUGCCAUUUGCAUUUAGCUGGCUGUGUAACACACAGAGUAUGGGGGUACACAAUCAGGUCCUUCUUAUCACUGGAGAUAAUGAAAGUGCAAAGAAAAUCCAGGAAAAGUGGCCUGAGGUCACGGCAGUUCAACUGGAAGGGGUUCACUCCGGCCACCAGGAAUACAGUCACGUGGGCUACGUUGAACUGAUGGUGCGUAGGUCGGAAUUUAUCCUGGAAAUACUCGCGAAAAACAUUCCUAUAUUUCUGUUUGAAGUGGACUGCUUAUGGAUCAGAAACCCUCUUAAAAACCUCGAGAGUUACAGGGGUGUGGAUAUUGUUGCCAAUGCUGUGUCUGACAAACCCAAAGUCAUUGCUGGAGGAUUUCUGUAUAUACACCCAACAGGAGCUUCGAAACAGAUGUGGAGGACACUCACAAAGAGGCUGACAAAUCUAGGAAAAAAGAUAAAAAAUUCACCUGACACCAUGAUCAUUAGUGAGAUGGAAAAUGACCAGGUUUAUUUGUCUCAAUUGAUAUUUUCAAAACAAAGUGGAUUAAGGUAUAAGAUACUACCCACAGCAGAUUAUGCAGAUGGGAAAUGGUACACACUUUCAAAGGAACGGAGAAAUAAGUUAAACCCCUAUCUUAUAAACAACAAUUGGGUGAGAGGUAAUUCUGCCAAGAUCAAGCGCGCCAAGAAGUGGGGGCACUGGUUCCUGAAAGAUACAGAUAUAUGUGACAGGAAGAGGGUUCAGAAAAUUGUAGGCCCGCAGUGAGAUCAUGAUCAUCUAGUGUUCUGGAGCUUUGUUAAAGCUAGGGAGAGGGCUAAAAUAGGCUGUGUCUGCUGCCCAAUCCUAUUCAUUUUUUAAUAAAAUAUUGUUUAAGUUAAAUUUUUUUUAAAGCUAUGGU